AAUCCUCAUUUUUCCACAGUGUUCUGAUGGGAGCGCUGCAUGUGCUGGUUCUGCUGGCCCGGGUUCUGGUGUCUCUGGUGGCUGUGCUGCUGAUGUGUUGGCUGGUGCGCUCUCAUCUGGUUGGUCCGUUCUACAGGAAGCUGCAUACUGAGAGCAAAGGAAACAAGGAAAUACUAGUGCUGGGCACCAGUGCAUUUGUGUUCCUGAUGCUGACGGUGACAGAAUUCAUGGACGUGUCGAUGGAGUUGGGCUGCUUCCUGGCAGGAGCGCUGCUCUCCUCACAAGGUCACAUGGUCACCACUGAGGUCAUGAGCUGUGCUGAACCAAUCAGAGACUUCCUGGCUAUCAUCUUCUUUGCAUCUAUUGGGCUACACGUGUUCCCGACCUUCGUUCUGUAUGAGCUCACCAUCCUGCUGAUCUUAACCUUCUCACUAGUCAUUAUGAAGUUCAUAAUGGCGGUUCUUGUUCUGUCGGCUAUCCUUCCUCCGGGAUCGCGUCACAUCCGCUGGCUAGUGUCGGCUGGACUGGCGCAGGUCAGUGAGUUCUCCUUCGUCCUGGGCAGUCGUGCACGUCGGGCCGGCAUCAUCUCUAGAGAGGUGUAUCUGUUGGUUCUCAGCGUCACCACGUUAAGUCUCCUCCUUGCUCCGGUGUUAUGGAGAGCCGCUACGCUCAAAUGCAUCCCACGGACUGAGAGGAAACCACUCACCUGAACCAACGCCACAUGCGGAUGAGCUGUGUUAGAAUGACGCAUCUCACAUUAAUGCAUCAUAUUGAUGACAAACAGAUUGUAAGAAACAGAAGGGCAGAGCAUUAAUAUAUGAAAUAUUUACACGGUAGUGAAAGAAAAGGACACAGCUUGCAAAAAAAAAAAAAAAGACUCCAGCUUCUAUAACGUCAUCAUGUG